AUGUCGAAACGCAAGUCUGAAGAACCUCUAGAGAGGGUCAUCAAUGACACGUCUCCGCCGAGUAAAAGAGCGCGCGUCGAAGAUGUCCCGGAGGAAGGAUUGCAGGCUGCAAACGGAGAUCUGCAGAACAACUUAACCCACGACAGCGAAACGCCCAAGGACACGAGCAGAUCAAUAGAGGUACCACAUGACGAAGAAAAGGAUGAUCUCGAAUCCGAUGUCGAAGAUGACAGGUUUCCGGUCGCGCCACUGCGACAAAGCGCUCCCACCGAAGGCUAUAACGACCUGUACCUAGAUACCAUCAACCGAUUCCUCCUCGACUUUGACUUUGAGAAAUUGUGCUCCGUUUCGCUCUCGAAUAUCAACGUCUACGCAUGUCUGGUCUGUGGCAAAUAUUUUCAAGGACGCGGCCCCAAGUCACAUGCAUAUUUUCACGCGCUCGAAGUGGAUCAUCAUGUCUACAUCAACAUGGAGACGAAGAAAGUCUAUGUACUUCCGGAAGGUUAUGAAGUACACAACAAGAGCUUGGAUGACAUCAAAUACGUGGUAGAUCCCAAGUUCACCGAGGACGAGGUGCGAAAAUUGGACAGAGAGCCGCGGGUGUCCACCGAUCUAUCGAACAAGAAAUAUCGGCCGGGCUUUAUUGGGAUGAACAACAUCAAAGCCAACGAUUAUCUUAAUGUGGUGGUGCAGACGCUGGCGCAUGUGGCACCGCUGAGGAAUUUCUUCCUCCUCCACUCAUUUCCUCCGACGGCGUCUCAGCUCCCCAUCCGUUUCAGCACGCUGGUGCGAAAGUUGUGGAAUCCCAAAGCGUUCCGAUCACAUGUGUCACCACAUGAGCUGCUACAAGAGAUCGCGCUACGAUCUUCGAAGAAGUUCACAUUGACUCAACAAUCCGACCCGGUUGAAUUUCUCUCCUGGUUUCUCAACAACCUCCACCUUACCCUUGGAGGUUCGAAAACGAAGACAUUGUCAUCCAUCAUUCAAAGGACGUUCCAGGGAAAACUGAGAGUGGAGUCGCAAGCCAUCACGGCCAAAUCUGAUACCACCGGUGAUCGUCUCAGAUUUGAAGAAUCAUCGAACAUUGCGACAAACAUUACCCCAUAUCUCAUCCUUACUCUUGAUCUCCCUCCGGUGCCUCUCUUUCGAGACGCCGUCGAAUCCAAAAAUAUCAUUCCCCAAGUUCCCCUCACUUCGUUAUUACAGAAGUACGAUGGUAUCCAUGCUUCUGAGAGACAGGCCCAUCGAGUUCGACAUCGGCUUUUGCAUCCACUUCCUCCGUACCUUCUCUUCCACAUCAAGAGAUUCAGUGUCAACAAAUUCGUGUCCGAGAGGAAUCCCACCAUUGUGACAUUUCCUUCCGCUCGAGGAUUGGAUAUGUCGCCUUAUGUCGAACCCAAUCCAGCGAUCCAUCCACCCGGUGAACCUAUUUUUUAUGAGAUGGUGGCCAAUAUCAUCCUUGACACUACAUCGGUGUCCACCGGCGGGGGUGAAGAUUCAAAUGCUGCAGAUGCCGCAAACAAAGCCGUCGGAGCAGAGGGUCAAAAGGUAGCGUGGAAGGUUCAGCUGCGAGACAAAGCCGCGGCAUACGCCCAGCGAAGCGAUCUCCCGGAAUGGUUGGAAGUUCAGGAUCUGUGGGUUGAACGAGCGGAAGCCGAGACGCUUUUCACCAGGGAAGGCUAUCUGAUGGUGUGGGAACGAAGAAAGGAAAAACCCAAGGUGGCGAAUGGAACUGCGAAAGGCAAAGCAAAAGCAUAG